AUGAAAGUUGUCGUUAACACACAAUUCCAGACAUGUAGAGAUAACCAAGCCAAUUGUGGAAAAGGAACGGAUUUACAAUUUGAAUUUGACGAAAGCGAAACUCCACCUUCAGAAAAUUACGCUCUGAGAGCACACUUCAAUGUUUUAUCCGCUUAUACAUCACCGCCAGCAAAAAGGACUAGACGUUUUAAGCUCAAAUUCAAAACCAUCCUCUCUAAGCAAGAGCACCACUACAUUGACCAUCUACUUCGCCUUGACCUGCAUGACAUGUCAACUAGCAGCAGCACCCAUCAAAAUGCUAUUCAACUUGAUAAAUUCCACGCUACUGCACAAUUACCACGUCCGAUUUGUCUCACAGUACCGAUACAAAGUGAACAGAAUCAAAAUGUAUGCGUAACGAUAGCGAUGAAUAACAGAGGUAAUGCCUUUUACUGGUUUGGUGCUGGAUGUGGUCGGCAGGAAUGUUUUCAACAUACUGCAGGUAAAAAUGUUCCAAAUUUGACACGUAACGUUCAACUGGAUAUGACACAAGAACAUCAGUACUGCUACACGUAUGUGUAUGCACUUUCGACAGAUGUAAUACAGCGACAAGAACCACUAUGA